AUGGCGAACAGGAAGUACAAAAACCCAUCUCAAGCUAGAGAGGCACGUAAAGUGUGCAAUAGGGAAGCGCAGCGAAGAUAUAGAGAAAAGCUAAAGAUGAAGAGAAUGACUUCAUACGCUUCUCCAUCAGACAGCACGGCAAGGGAAGAGACUGAAGAAGAACCGCCAUCUUCCGUCGAUGCUCCAGGAGCUAAUGCACAAGAAGACUCGACCGAUAUGGAGAACAUCUCCAAUCAAAGAAGAGAGCCAGAUCCAUUCAGCACAUCACUCACACCGUUGGAGCGCGUGGCUAGGAUUGAACAAGACAUUGACAGACUCUUGAUCAGCGUCGAAGACCCAAACGUUGAGAAGUCUUUACAGGGCCCUAUUGCGCGCGUCAACCCUAGAUUCAAAGGUCUCGUCAGCCGAGUAUACCAAGGUCAGCAACCUGCUGUACAGCAAAAACCUUCGAUCGUUCCAAAAAUUCAGUACCAUCCGCAUGCAUCUACUUCGGGUUGGAGUGAAACAUAUGGCGUGUCUGAGGAUACAAUUCGAUCGCUCAUUUCGCAUAUGUACGAAUACAGAGUCUGGCAGGAGCGUAGGGAGAUUGUGCAGUUGUGUGAACAACUGGAGAAGGCGAAGAAUCGGAUGAUUUAA